UCACAUUAUUAAUGUGUUUUGUUAGCCGUGUAAUACAAACAAAAUUACAGAUAGAAACUAACAAAAAGUCAGCCACAAAAUGUGGAAUUAUCGUCAGGAAGUUGAUUUGGAAACAUUGGUAAAGAUUUCGCCGUACUGCCAUUCUUGGCCAUCGGCUUGUUGGUUCACUCUUAAAGGCCUUGAUUUGUGGAAAGUUUUGGUAUGGGACAGAUCACCAACUUACCGGGUGGUUCUUACGAUUGUCCUUCUCGGACUCCUCUGGCUUGUAUUUAAAAAACUCAAACGCAGAUGGAACGAUGUGCCUAUGUCGGAGAUUGAGUCACUGAGAAAACGUGUUCAGUUUGUAACCAAGGAUAUGGCCAUGCUGCAAGAAGCCCUAAAUUCGACCGUAAUAUCCAAGCCGCCGCCACUGAUUUCUGAUAGUAUUAUGAGUAAUAUUAUUGAUAACUUGGAUGAACCACAACCCAAAGAAAACGAUGAAAAGCUAUCAGGAUACAAAGAAAUCUUGGAUCCUCUCCCACCAGAAUUCGACAAAACUAGUAAAACUUGUGCGCUAGUACCAGAAGAAAAUAAACCGGAGCCUGUGAUUCCAGAUGCCGAACCUGGAGAAGAUUUCGUAGUAAAAAGUAGGGUGCGAUUUGCAUUAAGAGAUCAGGGAAAACAAGCCAAAGAAGAGAGCCAGCCCAUUAAUGCAGCGAAACCCACUAAGAUUAUAGCUGAGAAUAAUGUAUGCGUGGAAAAUAGAAAUGUGCGUAAACGGCCAUCUCCUUCGACCUCGAAAAUAGUAUGGAGGCCCUAGAUCUAUUUUCAGGAAUUUUGACAUUGGAAUAUUAAAAUUGUAGUGCUCGAAUUUGUAAGAAUCCAUUCAUAGCGAUUUGUAUAAAACUUGUGAUCUUAUUUCAUUAUAGCCCUAUGUCAACCUUGA